UGUAUAUGAAUGAAACGGAACUUCCACGCAAAAUGUCAAUACAAUUUUUUGGAAGUUGUGGAUUAUUUUGUGCUAUUUUACGCUAAAAUCUUAAGAAGUGGUUUCAAAAUUACUCAAAGCGGCAAGUGGAGAUUACAAGUAAUUUCAUGGCAUCUUGUUUUGUGACGAAAUAAUCUAGCAAAAGCUUACCAGGAUGCAGAGGAAACCUGGCUUUCCCGUGGCGAAUUGUAGCAUCAAAAUGCCGGACAACAUGAACAUGCCAGCGGCAGAGACACUCCAUAACGAUGAAGACCCAGAGCAGCAGCAGAAGCGGCAGCAACUCAUCAAUUUCGGCCACACACAGUGGGGCUUCAAUAACUGGAGUUGGACGGUUACUAAACAGGAUCUCGAUUUCGUAGAUUUCACAAACGGAAAAUAUUGUGCUGGAGUGUGCGCAUAUGUCUCCGUCACCGUCAAGAGCUUCGAUAUACACAGAGAGAACAUCGGAUACGCCACAUCACUCGCCGUCAACAAGGGAUUUGCCAUUUACAAGUCCAGAAAGUGCGCAGUAACGAACGCCCUGCGGGAGACGCUGCUCAGCUUCGGCGGCAGCGUCGCGACUGAGCUGGCCGAGCUGCUCGAGUCCCACAAGGCGGUCACGCCCCCGCCCGCGCCUCACCCCGCCCCCGACGAGAACAACCAGAACGCGCCCAACAAGAUGGCCGACGCCGCGCCCAAGAACUCGCCGCUCAACCGCGGCCCGCGAAAGGAAGACUGCCCCGCCAACAACCGCGCGCUCCAACCGCAGAUCAAGAAUGCGCCCGUCGCCACCGCGCACCCCAUGCCCGCCCCCGCGCUCGCCCCGCGGCCCCCGCGCCCCCCCGUGCCCCCCGCCCCUCUGCGCCCCAACUCCAACGUAAGUUUCGUGCUCCAACCCGUCAUGCCGCCGCUGUACCCGGCUCGCCUGCCGCCGCCCGCGCCCCCAGUCUACCCGAACUACUUCGAGUACGCCGGCCCGUGGCACUUCGCCUACGAGACCUACGACCGCCCCCACGGCAACGUCAACCUCAACUUCAACGCGCCGCCCAAGAACCUCGUCGUCAACGGGCGCGGCUCCGUCGAGUGCAAGAACGCCUGCCGCCAGGAGGGCGAGCCGGUGCAGUUCGCGCCGCAGCAGGGCGCCGGCUGCUGGAUCAAGCCGACCAUCUUCUACGACGGCUUCUGGACGGAGCAGAAGGUCAAGAAGUGGGUCGCCGAGCAGGUGGAGAAGCAGUUCCCGGAGGAGGCGUCGCACAAAGCGGCCUCGCCCGACGCGCCCAAGUCCUGAGGGCCGGACGGUCGGACGUUUAAACUGUUCUUUUCCCCGAUUUGAUUGAUCGAAUGCCGUCGGAUGAUAAAAUCGUGAUCAGAUUUUUUUUGACAAUCUCACACAGCGCCAUCUAGCCCCAAAGUAAGCAAUUAGAGCGCUUGUAGACGUCCGUUUUUUCACCG